AUGGACAUUGUGGACAGUCGUGGAACGCUCGUGUCAGCGCGCGCCUGUGGUCUCUGUGACGCAACAAAGCCGAACGCAGCGACGUCACGGUCGCGUGACAACAACAAGAUGAAGCUCUUUACAUUCUUCAUCUUGCUCCUCCUCAUCGUGAGUGGAGAAAACUCCUUGAGGAAGAACCCACCAAGGAGGAGUGUCCCAUUCUACAAUGUACCUAUGAAAAAAUUUAGUGGGGCUGGUUUCACAAACCUGAGCUCCAUGCUGGCGAGAGAAGACCUUGGACAACUCCUUGUUGGAGGCAGAGAGAUGGUGCUGUCUCUAAACAUGAGUGACAUCAGCGAAAUGAUCGGCAAGACCCAGUGGCUGGUGAGUCCAUCAGCCAGACAAAACUGCCUGAUGGAACAUGGGGACAUCAAGGAGUGCGACAACUACAUCAAAUCCAUGCACAGAACUGAUGAUGGCAAUCUGUACGUGUGUGGAACCAAUGCGUUCAGCCCCUCGUGUGACUACAUGUCAUUUAACAACAGCCACCUGGUCAUGGAGAACCGCCGAGAUUUUGGAACAGGCAAAGUCCCUCUUGAGCCCAACCAGCGCCACACCUCCCUUUUGGUUGAAGACACGCUGUACUCGGCCACAUUCACCGACUUCUGGGGCACACAGCCAGUGGUCCAGAAAAGUGGACCGAAAACGAUUAAAACAGAUUCGUCAGGAUCCUGGCUGAAUGAUCCCACCUUUGCAUCCAUGAGCCUCGUUGAAACCGGAACAAAUAGUGAGGAGGGUGAAGACGACAGCAUUUUCCUCUUCUUCACUGAGAAGGCUUUGGAGAGAGAUCGCACUCUGGUGUCAAGGGUUGCACGUGUUUGCAAGGGUGACAUCGGGGGGCGAAAAGCCCUCAUGUCGAGAUGGACGUCAUUUCUAAAGGCUCGGCUGGAUUGUCCCAUCGGCCAAGGGGCGCUUCCUAGCCUGGUCCAGGACGUUUACCUCCUGAAAGACCAACAUGACUGGAGGAACAGCGUCUUUUAUGCCACCUUCACCUCUCAGUCGGAUUCAUGCAGCCAGUCUGCCGUGUGCGCGUACAAAGUCUCAGACAUCAUCAGAGCGUUCAACGGCCCUUUUUGGAGUGAAUAUGGUUCAUCACCACUCGAAGAGGAGCUGCCAUACCCCCGUCCAGGAGCUUGCAUUAACGAUGCCAUGAGGGCCAGAGGCUUCCAAAGUUCUCUGGACCUCCCAAAGGAGACCCUCCAGUUUGUCAAGGAAAACCAUCUGAUGGCGACAGUUGUCCGACCACUGACCGGAGGGCCUCUUUUGGUUCAAAGCGACACAACAUUUACCAAGAUUGUUGUGGACCGGGUAACAGCGCUGAACGGAGAAGAGCAUCCAGUUAUGCUCAUAGGCACAGACUCCGGCUGGCUGCAGAAAGCUGUGAAGCUGAAUGGAGAGGAUGGCCGGGUGUUGGAAGAGCUGCAGCUGUUUCAGGCUCCCCACCCCAUCGACUUUCUCCAGCUGUCCUCCUCCACUGGCCAGCUGUACACCGGAUUCAACGACGAGAUCAUACAGCUGAACACCAGGGACUGCAGCCGCUACAAGUUCUGUUCGGACUGUGUCCUGGCCCGAGACCCGUACUGUGGUUGGGACAUGGUCCAGCAGCGGUGCACGUCUGUUGCUGGCUUGCAGUCUGGAUCCGUGAUUCAGGAUAUUGCUGAUGGAGAUGUGAGCAUGUGCCCAAAAUCUGACAUCAUGCUCAACACCAGGCCAUUCGACAUCCCCCUCACCGUCGGUAUCUCCCAGCUCCUCCCCUGUUCUGUGGACAGCAACCUGCCUGUGUCCUGGUGGUACCAUGGCCGCAUCAUCUCCCCCGGCCCCCGCCACACUGUACUCAAGCAGGGUCUGCUCAUCGAGAAGCCCACCGAAGCGGACGCUGGCCUCUACUCCUGUCACACCAUGGAGACAGUCAAAGGCAAACCGCAUUACAAGAUGGUGUUCCAGUAUCUCCUGCGGGUGAAGAAGGACCAGGACUUGAUCUACCUGCUUGUGCCUUUGGUUACCGCCAUGUUCCUCACUCUCCUCGUGUUGGUCACGUUCACUGCCUGCGUCACGUUUCACCGACAGAGGAAAGCUGCGGCUCUGCAUUACAACAUCAGCAACAGCCGUCACUGCAUAGUGGACAUGGGCGUUAACACAGAGUGUGGCCAAGCUGAAGAGGAGGAGCUGGUGGCAGAAAUGGAAGACGCAUCCGACUGCAGCAACAACGAUGUGGUCAUUGAGAUUCCAGAGUAA